GUCUCUUUUUCAAUUUGCUAGAAAAGUCUUUCACAAGACCAACCUCUGCCUCUGAUGCAGUAUUCCAUGUGUGUACAAUUGCCAGCAACGUCAUCCAGAAAGGGUCCCAAUUUCUAAAUAUGGAUAGACUCGUUCUUCUCCUGUUCCUUCUAGUAACGCUGGGAGCAACAAAGCAGCUUUGUUCCCGCGAAUUUCACUCUGUGAUUGUUAAUAAUCAAACACUAUAUAUCGACGGCGGCGAGUUGAGAUACAUCGAUGGGGAUGAUGAGAUUACGGUGGAAACAGCUUACGACCUCCUCGCCGUCGAUCUCUCCAAAUCGUGGUCGAAUUAUGACUCGAAUUUAUUCACCACUAUCAAAAAACCGUACAACGAAUCUGAUCCCGAUGCUUAUCCACCAGCAAUGAACGAAGGCGCAACAUUCUCUGACGGAUCGAACCUUUACUUCUACGGGGGCUACGUCACCAGAUACAAUGAACGACUCGACUCACCCCCACCAGUGGCGACCUGGAAAUAUAACAUUGAGAGUGGUGACUGGACAUCAGACGGCUUCAGAGGUGCCAUUUUCCAACGAAUGGCCGAGGGGGCCACAGCACAAUCAUCAGUGCACAAGAAAGCCUACUAUCUUGGAGGUGAAGUUGAUACAGAAGGAAAUCCCGCCCUCUCCCGAGUCCAUGGUGCGAGUCCAUACAGCGUUUCCGGGAUGCUCGUCUUGGACCAGAAUACCUUGGAAUGGAGUAAUAUCUCAAGCGAGGGUUUGAAUGAGUACGGGACGCUCAAUAAUGGGUAUAUGAACCUGAUUGAAGAGUUUGGUGAUGAAGGGAUACUGGUCACUUUUGGUGGGAAUACACAUCCUAUUGGCCAGGGGCUGGAUAUUCUGGCCCAGAAGCAGAACAGCCCGGAUCUUCAAAACUCAAUGGAGUCAAUUUCUAUUUAUGACAUCGCCAAUGACAAAUGGUAUACUCAAAAAAGUACGGGAGAUAUUCCUCAUUGGCGAAUGGCCGGCUGUACUGUUGUUGCUGCCGCUCCAGAUCUGUCAUCCUUUUCUAUUUAUGUCUUCGGUGGUAUGUCAAACUCAACUAUCACAUCCGAUGGCGAUGUCUACGUUCUUUCUUUGCCAUCUUUUCGUUGGAUCCGGGUCGUAGAUGGUGGUGACCUCCGAAUCGAGCACAAGUGCCAACUUGCAGGAAAGCACACCAUGCUGGCUAUUGGAGGGCUUAUUCCGUAUGGCAGUGAGGAGUUUAAGCCUAAACCAUCCACCUGUGACAGUGGCACGUUUCAGAACGGAAUAGGAAUUUUUGAUCUCAAUGAGCACGAUUGGCUUUUCAAUUAUGACGCGGAUGACGGGGAGUACAAAGUACAUCAGAACAUUUCCAAUGUUAUUGGUGGAAGCGUAACUGGCGGCGCCACUGUUACGAAACCAGAGAAAGGAUUCGGCAGCACUGACAUAGCCAAUCUAUUCGAAAACAAAAAGACAGUCUCCAGCUCAAGCGCCUCCCCGUCGUCAACUUCCACAGCCCAAUCAGACACUAGCUUCAACCCACUCUCGAAAGGCGGCAUUGCAGGAGCAACUGUCGGCGCUGUCGCCGGCGCUGCUACCCUUGGUGGUCUAGCAUUCUUAGCCAUCGCGUACAAGCGGCGUCGCAACGCGAAGUGGAACCGCGAUAUCAUAGACCCAAAUGGUAAAGGCAGACAGCCUCAUUUGGCGGAACUCAAUGGCCAAGGGAGGCCGGUUGAGUUGGGCAUGUCGGAGGUUGCGGAGAUGUCUGCGAACAAUGUGCCGCCGCAGGAGUUGCCGGCGGAUAUUAGCCAUACGAGGGCAGAGUUGGAUGGAUCGCAGAAUAGCCGGUAAUCGGUCUGGAUGAGGGCUAUAUCAAGGACUAUAGGAAGUUUUGUACAUAAUCACAAGGGGGUAUCGAUGUACUCAUAUCUAAUCCUAAUAAACUAAACUGAGCCAUUACUGUAAUGAUAUUGGCAUAUCUGGAC